AUGAGCGGCUCCGCGUGCUUCGCCUUGCUCUGCGGCUUGCCCUGGCUCCUGGGGGUGCUGCCGCAAGAGCUGCAGACCGGGGCUGGGGGAAGGAGCAGCCGACCCACCCCCACCAAAGCGGCGGAUUUCGACCGGAUCUACGCAGGGACGGUGAACAUCAACCGCGAGGAGAUCUACUCCUUCAAUUACACCAGCAAGCCGGGCCAGGUGGAUGCAGUGCGGGUGUAUGUGAAGAGUGACUCUGAGGACCUGCAGUAUCCCAUCCUGUUUGUAGUUCGCCAGCAGAAGGGGGUCCUGUCAUGGCAAGUCCCUCUGAUUUUUCGAGGCCUUUACCAGAGGACCUACAACUACCAGGAAGUGAGCCGUACACUCUGCCCUUCGGAACCCACGCCUGAGAUGGGACCCUCUGAGCAGAUCAUAUUUGUAGAUGUGGCUUCCAUGGCACUGUUUGAUAUUGAGUAUGAGCUGCUGGUCACGAGGCUCAAGAGCUUCCAACUCACGACAGACAAAGCCUUUAACUUCACUGCCAGCCCUUCUCAGCCUCAGUAUUUUCUGUACAAGUUCCCUCCAGAUGUGAAUUCCGUCAUCAUCAAGGUGGUAUCUGAAACUGUCUAUCCCUGUUCUGUUGUCUCCAUCCAGGAUAUUGUGUGCCCUGUGUAUGAUCUGGACCACAAUGUGGAGUUUAAUGGUGUUUACCAGUCCAUGACAAAACAAGCUGCCAUCACUGUACAGAAGAAGGAUUUCCCAGGCGAGCAGUUCUUUGUUGUAUUUGUCAUAAAGCCAGAGGACUAUGCCUGCGGGGGCUCUGUGCCUUCCUCUAUCAAGGGAAAGGGCAACCACACCUGGAACUUACAACGAACGAAGAGCCUUCAAGUGACCAUUGCACCCUCUAUUAAAGAGUCUGACUAUGUGCAAGCCAUGCUCUUCAGCUUCCUGAGCUUCCUCUCCUUCUACCUGGGCUCACUGAUCGUCGCCUUUGUGCACUACGUCAGGGUUCAGAGGAAGACUUCAGCUGGGAGAUACAGUCCUGAUGAUGGAUCCAGGACUGUGGCUACCUCGCAUCCCAUCACGACUGGCACUCCCGAGGGAAGCAGCUACGGAGCUAUUGAUGAGUCAAGCUCCAGCGGCGGCCGGCAGUUAUCGUCCCCGGAGCAUGGGCCCUCACAUGGUUCUGACACAGACAGCUCUGUGGAGGAGGAGAGCGAUUUUGACACCAUGCCCGAAAUUGAAAGCGAUAAGAAUGUCAUCCGCACUAAGAUGUUCCUCUAUCUGUCAGACUUGUCCAGAAAGGAUCGGCGAAUCGUCAGCAAAAAGUACAAAAUUUAUUUCUGGAACAUCAUCACAAUCGCUGUGUUCUAUGCACUGCCUGUGAUCCAGCUGGUCAUCACAUACCAAACGGUGGUGAACGUAACUGGUAACCAGGAUAUUUGCUACUAUAACUUCCUCUGUGCUCAUCCUCUGGGGGUCUUGAGCGCUUUCAACAAUGUCCUGAGCAACGUGGGCCACGUGCUGCUGGGCUUCCUCUUCCUGCUGAUCGUGUUGCGCAGAGACAUUCUCCACCGCCAGUCGCUGGAAGCCAAAGACACCUACACGCUGGAAUAUGGAAUCCCCAAACACUUUGGUCUCUUCUAUGCCAUGGGCAUUGCUUUGAUGAUGGAAGGGGUUCUCAGUGCUUGUUACCAUGUCUGCCCCAACUACUCUAAUUUCCAGUUUGACACCUCCUUCAUGUACAUGAUUGCAGGACUCUGCAUGCUCAAGCUGUACCAGACCCGCCACCCUGACAUCAAUGCCAGUGCUUACUCUGCUUACGCCUCCUUCGCCGUGGUCAUUUGCCUGGCUGUCGUCGGAGUGGUGUUCGGAAAGAACAAUGUGUGGUUUUGGGUCAUCUUCUCAGUCAUCCACAUCGUGGCCUCGCUGGCUCUCAGCACCCAGAUCUACUACAUGGGCCGUUUCAAAAUAGAUGUCUCUGACACAGACUUUGGGAUUUUCCGCCGAGUGGUGAUGGUGCUGUACACGGACUGUUUCCAGCAGUGCAGCCGGCCAAUGUACAUGGACAGAAUGGUGCUGCUCAUUGUUGGAAACCUGGUCAACUGGUCCUUUGCUGUCUUUGGACUGGUGUAUCGGCCAAGGGACUUUGCCUCCUACAUGCUGGGGAUCUUUAUCUGUAACCUACUGCUGUAUCUGGCCUUUUAUAUCAUCAUGAAGCUCCGCAGCUCUGAGAAGCUCCUGCCCAUUCCACUGUUCUGCAUCGUGGCCACAGCCGUGGUUUGGGCUGCAGCCCUUUACUUCUUCUUCCAAAACCUCAGCAGCUGGGAGGAGACCCCGGCGGAAUCCCGAGAGAAGAAUCGCCCAUGCAUCCUGCUGGGCUUCUUUGAUGACCAUGACGUCUGGCACUUCCUCUCAGCAGCCGCCUUGUUCUUCUCCUUCUUGGUUCUGUUAACGCUGGAUGAUGACCUGGAUUCCGUGCGGAGAGACAAGAUCCCUGUGUUCUGA